AUGGGAGUAGAUUUUGAUUUUGCUCAAGGGCAUUGUAGUAUUUCUUCAUAUAUAGGACAUGGUUACAUUGAAAUGGCAUGGUCCUCUCAUAUCAAAGGUUCAGAUUUUAAUCGAAUAAUGGCUCAGGUUAGAGACUAUCCUGAUGCAACAACUGAAGUAAUAGAAUCACCAAACUCAAAUGCUAAUAGGAGAAUGUUUUUUGGUCCAAUGGAAGAUAGAUAUGAAUAUGUUCGCUUAUUUCAAGAUAUAAAUUUUAAUCAAAAUAAAAUAGAAUUACAUGAUAUUGCGAUAAAACUUGAAAUAGUAUUAUAUCAUCGUCAAGGCAUAAAAGAUACUUUUGAUUUACCACAAGACCAAGGCAACAUAGCAAGGAUUACACCCGUUAUAUCAGAACUUUUAAAAUUAAAAUUUUACGUGAUUGAAAUUUGUGAUCAUCCAACAGCAGAACAAAGAAAUCCUGGAAUAGGAGAUAUACUUUUAGAUCGAGAUAUGCAUAAUGUUCAAUUUCAUGAAUAUAUUAAUCCUAUUCUAGAAUAUAAAGAGGAUAUCUCAUGUCAUGGUUGCAAAUUUCAAACUCAUAUUAUAGAAUUUUGUGUAGAUUUUAAUAAAAUGAAAGUCUGUAAAUUUGAAAAUGAUGAUAGAAAUGCUGCCACAACUUUUAACAAAGGAAAUCUUGCACUAAUUAUAAUUGUUGACUAUUUUGAUCAAAUGUAUAAAUUUAAAAGAGCAAGAGGUGAUGCUAAUGCUAUAAAAUUAGGAGAAAAUUUUAGUAAAGUGCGAAGUGAUAGUGGUAUACCAUUAUUUGUUACAUCUUUUAGAAUGAAAACGACUUGGAAACCUGACUUUGAUUCUAGUAAUCCAAUAGCUAGCUUUAUGGAACUCGUAGAAAAAUGUUGUAAAAAAAAUGAAGAUGAAAAAAUGGGAGAUGCAAAUAAAGAGAAAGAAAAUUGA